CUAAUGAAAUGAUUUUGUUUGUGGUUGAAUUAAAAACACUUUCCGGAUACAAUGUACUCAGUCGAUUUUGGAAUACGCUGGUGUAAUGUUGUAGUUUUGGAUAACGGUGGUGAACGGUUGGCGAAAACGUAAUCGCGAUUUAAACUCUUGCAAAAUGUCGCUAAAUGAUGUAACAACAAAUUCAAUGGAUUGUAUAAUGAUAACGGAUCAUCAAACGGUGUCUCGGAGUCGUCUGGCGCUAAAGGCCAGUGAAUCAUCGUUGGCAGAUUUAACAGAUGCUACCGAAACUAAAACAAAAUAUCGUGUGUAUUUGGAUAAAGUGUUUAAUAAGAAUGUUUUGCGACGUCAUUUACCGGUGCUGCAAUGGCUACCGAAAUAUAAUAAAGAAGAUUUUAUAGGUGACUUAAUAGCGGGUAUAACUGAUUCUUUGGCCGCCAUACCAUUGGCCUUGGCAUUUGCCGGCAUAGCGGGUCUACCAACAGAGUUUGCUCUUUACAGUUCCUUCAUGGGCAACAUAAUCUAUACCAUAUUCGGUUCUUGCAAAGACAACAUUUUAGGUUCUACGGCUAUAGCUUCUCUACUAACCUUUCAAGUUGCCCACGGCAAUUGGCAGAAAUCUUUACUGUUUACCUUAUUGUCUGGCCUAAUUGAACUAGGAAUGGGCGUAACACGUUUAGGCUUUGUUAUAGAUUUUGUUUCCGGCCCAGUUAGUUCCGGUUUCACCAGUGCAGUAGCUUUAAUUAUUUUUACCUCACAAAUUAAAAACAUUCUAGUGGUUAAAAGUACAGGAAAAUCGUUUUUGGAAAAUUGGAUUUCCAUGUUCAAAGACAUACACAAUUAUCGCAUUACGGAUACAAUUUUAGGUUUUAGUAGUAUUGUUAUAUUGGUCAUACUCCGGUAUGUGGGCAAUUUAAGAAUUAAUCCUAAAGAAAAUCAAGAAAUUAAAAAGAUUUAUGUGAUUCUUAACAAAAUUGUUUGGUUUUUGGGAGUUUCACGUAAUGCUCUUUUAGCGGUUGUUACUGCUGCUUUAGUGGCUUAUUUUGAACACAAGGGUAUUAGUUAUUUUCAAUUAACGGGUUAUAUACCAUCGGGUUUUCCGCCAGUUGAAGUUCCGGCCUUUACUAUUGCAAGUAACGUUACCACGAAUGGUAUAGAGACGCAAGUAACUGAAGAUUUUUGGGAUUUACUACAUGAAUUUGGUUCAGCACUAAUUGUCAUACCGCUGAUAUCACUUUUGGAGACAAUUGCGGUGUGUAAAAAUUUUGCCAAUGGUAAACCCGUCGAUACAAAUCAGGAAUUGAUCGCCCUGGGAUUGGCUAAUAUUUCCACCUCAUUUUUCCGUGGAUAUCGCAUUAAUGGUGGUUUAGCCAGAGGUUCGGUAAAUACAGCAAGUGGAGGCAGAACACAAUUCGUAAAUGUAUACAUCAGCGUUAUAGUAAUAUUGGCCAUGCUGUUUUUGGCAGAAUAUUUUUAUUAUAUACCUAAGGCAACAUUGGCUGGCAUAAUAAUAGCAGCUGUGCUAUUUCAACUGCAGUAUCAAGUUAUAGUACCCAUGUGGCAUAGUAAAAGAUCUGAUGUCUAUGUGGGUUUACUGGCAUUUAUAGCCUGUUUAAUUAUGCCCUUAAGUGUAGGCAUAGCUAUUGCCAUUGGUAUAAAUGUUUUAUAUAUUCUGUAUCACUCAGCACGACCGAAAAUUGCCGUGGAUCAAGUAAAGACCCCCAGUGGUAAACAGUUUCUAAGACUUACACCCGAUCGCUGCUUGAUCUUCCCCUCCAUGGAGUUUGUACGCAAUAAGGUUUUAAAAUCGGGCCUAAAGUAUUCCCUUCCUGUUGUCAUUGAUUGCACUUACAUUUAUGCCAGCGAUUUUACGACUGCAAAAGUUAUAGAAUCAAUUAUUAAUGAUUUUAAUUCUAGAAAACAAAAGCUAAUAUUCUUUAACUUACGUCCAAAUGUAGUCAAGGUAUUUGCUGCUACAUUACACUCCAAAUUUAUUUUAUGUUAUUCAUUAGAUUGUAUAGAAAAAUUAUUAGAUGAUAACAGUCCCACAACUGUAAGUGCCAAUGUUAAUUGUAAUAAUGUAGAAAUAACGGAAUUUUAAAGUAAUGCCUAAAAAUAUGCUAUAAAUAUAAGUUAAUAGAAAAAGCUUUUUAUUAAACAAUAAGAUUUUAUUA